AUGGCUGAUUCAACUGUCGUCUCCAACACGGAGAAUCUCAUGAAGUACAUGUCCCUUGACCAGCGUGGUCAGGUUCAGGCUGAGUACAUCUGGAUUGAUGCCGUUGGUGGAACUCGCUCCAAGACCAAGACCCUCUCCAAGCCCGUUACCAGCGUCGACGAGCUCCCCGAAUGGAACUUCGACGGUUCCUCCACCGGCCAGGCCCCCGGUGACAACUCCGAUGUCUACCUCCGCCCCUGCGCUAUCUUCCCCGACCCCUUCCGCCAGGGUGACAACAUCCUUGUCCUCUGUGAGACCUGGGACGCCGAUGGAAGCCCUAACAAGUUCAACUACCGUCACGAUGCCGCCCGCCUUUUCGAGACCCACGCCAAGGAGGAGUUCUGGUUCGGUCUGGAGCAGGAGUACACUCUUCUCGGAACUGAUGGCUGGCCCUACGGAUGGCCCCACGGUGGUUUCCCCGGUGCCCAGGGUCCUUACUACUGUGGUGUCGGUACCGGCAAGGUCUACUGCCGUGACAUCGUUGAGGCUCACUACCGUGCCUGUCUCUACGCCAAGGUCAACAUCUCCGGUAUCAACGCCGAGGUCAUGCCCUCUCAGUGGGAGUACCAGGUUGGCCCUGUCCCCGGUAUUGACAUGGGUGACCACCUCUGGAUGUCCCGUUUCAUUCUCCACCGUGUCGCUGAGGAGUUCGGUGUUCGCAUCUCCUUCGAGCCCAAGCCCAUCAAGGGUGACUGGAACGGCGCUGGUCUCCACACCAACGUCUCCACCGCUGCUACCCGUGCUGAGGGUGGUAUGAAGGCCAUCGAGGCUGCCAUGAAGAAGCUCGAGGCCCGUCACGCUGAGCACAUUGCCGUCUACGGUGAGGGUAACGAGGAGCGUCUCACUGGCCGUCACGAGACUGGUAACAUUGAGAAGUUCUCAUAUGGUGUCGCUGACCGUGGUGGCUCCAUCCGUAUCCCCCGCCAGUGUGCUAAGGAUGGCAAGGGUUACUUCGAGGAUCGUCGCCCUGCUUCCAACGCUGAUCCUUACCAGAUCACUGGUAUCAUCGUUGAGACCAUGUGUGGUGGCCUCUAA